GCUAACGAGCUAGCUCGUGGCAAGUUGAUUGUUAUAAACACAGCUGCUGCAAAGCACGCAGUUUUCAUGUAGCUCGCUUAUUAGGUCGGAAGUCCGCAUGUACGAGGGGAAACGGGGAGGAAUGAUUUGAUAUCCGACUGUCCCGGAUAUUCUCCUCCUGCAUUCCUUUUUAGAUUAAUUACCCUCCUCCCCUGCACAAAGGAAACCUACCACCAUGAGUAUUAUUCAGGACAAGAUAGGCAAUGAGUUUUUGCGAAACGGAGGCAUGGACCCCAAUUUUGCACCAGGUAUGCUUAUGUUCAGCCACUUACCGCCAGUCACCAGCUUUACACGGCUGGCCUCGCAGUCCGUCAUGGGUGAGUUGCCCCAGGAGAUGAUCCUGAAGAAAGAACGUGACUCACCUCCAGAACACCAGGGCGGCACUGCUGCAAACACAGGGGGCUUCCUUCACAGCAUGGGCAUUAAGCAGGAGCGGCCAAGUGAGCUGGAUUACCGUAUGCCCCUCUACGGCGUGGGUGGAGCACAGGGGGUGAACUGUGGUGGAGGGGGCGCGGGGAAGAGUGGUACCGACAUGGCAGAUAUGUCUUUUGGAACCCACCACCAAAAUCACCAGAACAUGCUCCUGCAUGACCUCAGCCUCAGCAAUGUCCGCACCCUUGGAGAACCGAUGUCUGGGAGACAAGUUAAAGAGCCAAAAGAGUCGUCAGGUAGAAGAGGACGGAAGAGCAAUGGAGAUGGACAGGGAGGCAAAGCUCGAAGGAAACGCAGUGAUGCUGCAAAGAACUUGAUGCUGGAUGCAGAUGGAGCCUGCCUAUCCCCCAACUCUAAACCACAUAUCUGUGAGCACUGUAAUGCUGCCUUCCGCAGCUCCUACCACUUGCGUAGACACGUGCUCAUACACACAGACUGCACAGGUGAGAGGCCUUUCCGGUGCAGUCAGUGUAACAUGAGCUUCAUUCAGAAGUACCUGCUCCAGCGGCACGAGAAGAUUCACAGUGGGGAAAAACCUUUCAGCUGUGACCAGUGUAACAUGCGCUUUAUCCAGAAGUACCACAUGGAGAGGCACAAAAGGACACACAGUGGCGAGAAGCCAUAUCGCUGCGACACCUGCCAACAAUUUUUCUCAAGAACAGACCGGUUACUGAAGCACAAACGGACUUGUGGAGAAGCCAUAAAGAAGGGCCUAGACCCAAGCAUGCUGGAGCUCAGCGAAGCAGAGCUAGGCCAGGGCAGCUAUUCACUCACUCAGGGAAACUCUACCACCUCUGGACGCAGGAGAGCAAAGUCCAAAAAUGGGGAGGGCAGCGAACGCAAGAGAAAGAAGAAUGCCUCGGCGGCAGGGGCCUCAUCUUCUGGGGGGAUGGCCCGUGACUUGGGCCUGCAAGAUUUCAGCAUGGACCCCUCGGGCUCUGACCAGGUCAUGCAGGGACGUACUCCCAAAUUGGUGUUCAAAAAGGCUGGCCGUAAGGGACUUGAUAAGGGCCUCCUUUCUCUGGAAGAUGGUUCUGAUGGACAAAAACUGUUGGGUCAGAAGCCCAGCUCCAUGGAUCACGUGGAGGCUUCUGGCCUAGAUAACAUGGGUCUGCUUCAGGGACCCGGGGGCAACAAGCAGGGGCCCACCACCAGCAGCAACUAUGACGAUGCAAUGCAGUUUGUGAAAAAGCGGCGCUACCUCCAUGCAGUUAACAAUGACUUUGGAGUUGGCUCCCUGCACAUGGCAUCCCAGGGCAGUAGCGUAAUACAGGGCUCCCUGGGACCUGAGCCCACCCUGGCCAUGCUAGACUCCUCGCCGCUGGAACUGAAGCACGACAAGUCGGGCAUUCCAGAUGAGGUAUUGCAAAGCCUGCUAGACCAUUAUAGCCAUAAACCAGAGGGAACACACCACCAUGAUGUGACUUUUGACCUGUCAGACCACCCACACCAUGUGGACCUUCAGCCAGCAGCUCCUGUUACUCCGGAGUUGGAGGAUGACUCGCCGAAUGGUGGUGACAAAACGGCAGUGAUGAGCGAGUACUCAAAGUUCCUCCUGCAGGCUCUGGAACGCACCAGCCAUAGCGGACCCUUCCCCAGCCUCGGUGCAACAGGGCCCUUCCCGCUCCUCUCGAGCAGCUCCAGUCCCACAGGGCCCCUGUUCUCUGACAAACACGUGUACACCACAUCCCCACUGGACUGUGGCUACCCGCCUGCUGUCUCCUCCCCGCUGCCCAUCGCUGCUCCUUCAUCAACCUCCUCCUCGUCCUCCUCAAAAUCCCACUAUGGUAUGCUCGUUGGAUCCCCCUCCCAGACAGGCUACCACCUAAGCUUGGAAUCUGCUAGCCACCAGCAGCUGACUCCAUCUCAGGAGCUCACCGAGCAGUUGGAGAAGCAGCACUCACCUGGCACCUUCAACCUACCUCCCCAGGACCUCACUGCCCCGGCAGAGAGCUCCAAGGGGCAGCAAUCCAAGGCUGGAGGAAGCGCUCCAGCACCCACAAAUGGCUCCACCUACCCAGACCUGUCCCCACUGAACCCCCCAAAAGAAACCACAUACCAGAUUGAGAACUUUGCCCAAGCCUUUGGCUCCCAAUUCAAGUCAGGACGUCGGACCCCUCUGAGCUACGGCAGUGAUCCUGGGACAGAGGUCGACCAUCGAAUACGGACUCCAGUGUCAGAAUUCUCAGGGUAUACCAGUUUGUUAGCUGACAUCAGUGAGCCAGUGAGUACAGGAUCAAAAACCCCGACAAGCCAAAGUUUCAGAUAAGGGUCAAACGAGGUGUAUCCAGUAAGGGGGGGCUGUUCUGUUACUGUUCAUAAAAGCCCCCCUCCACCAUCCUAAUUUUGUUCUUGUAGCAAACUUUUUUUUUUUUAACACUGCCAUUAAAUGUUAAUACAGAAAUGACCAGGGAGGGUCUUCCAUGGCCUCAAAUGCAAUUUUUUAAAAAAAAAAUCAUUUUUAUUAUGUAGUCGCUUAAUUUUCUGUUCAAGAGUAGUGAUUUUUGAUAUGAACGUACCGUAGAUAUAAAUGUAAUUUAAAACAUUUAGAUGGUAGCUAUGAACUUGCUGUUUUGUUUUGUUUUUUUCCUUCAUCUUCUGUACCCUUGUUUUACCAAUCAUCAUACAAUUGUAAAGUAAUAAUAGUGUUGAUGAUUUCAGUAAUAAUAACAUUUGUGUCAGGGAAAGGCCCAGAAUUCAAAUGGCAAAAAAAGUAUAUAUUGUCUGUUACAAGAAACGUAUUAACUCAGGAAAAUAGGCAAAAUUGUGUAAUAAGACUUUGUAUUAUGAGAUGCAAUUAGCACAGUUUUACAGGUAUUCUUGAUACUUCAAAGCUUUGAUUUUUUUUCUUCGUUUUUUUUUUUAGGAGGGGUGGGUUUAUUUAACUUGUCAG